CCUCAAUUUAAUUUAUCUCUUCAUCAUAGGGAAAUGAAAUUUCGUGGAUAAAUUGGAAAAUGUUUUGUUUCUUUGACUGUGAACAUUAACGGAAAUCUCAAGUAGGAUUUUCUUUCUUUGAAGAACUUCAUUGGUUGAAAUGGAUUCAACCUCUAGUUCAGGGUCAUGCACGUGUUACUGUAACGCCAAAACACCGCGAUGCCUGCUGGUUGUAGUUGCACAGAGCUAGAUACCCCUGUCUGAAGGAGGAAUAACGUUUCUUGGAUUCAGCUAUACCAGCUGUAAGCCUACUAUUAUUUGCUAUUUUACUCACACCUGGCUCUUUUUGCGACUGUACGGCAGGUUGAGAAGUUCGUUCUAGAAGCACGAACUAGUCUCCUGUUAGCAGCAUAAAAGUUUGUUAGCAGUUAGCUAACUUGCUAGCUAGCGCCUUGUUUGCGUGCUAACUAGGUAACGUUAGUUAAAUAAAUGUGCUCGCAACGGUUGCAUGAUUUUGCAGAACAAACCACUGGCUUUGUCCAGUACUACGUAGCCAGGUGAUCAAUUCACUAACUAACGUUACCUAGCCUAUGUUAGUUAUUCAGUUCCGGAUGCAACUGAUCAGCUGGCUGGACUAGCUAAGUAGCUAAAUAACUAAGGACACUUUGCUAAAAUGUUGUGGUGGUGAACAAAGCAAUGGAAGCUUGUUUCAAGUCGUUCGCGAUGGGUGGUCUUCGGAGAUCUCUGGAAAUUAAAUUCAGGGUCCUCACCUGCUGUUUGACCUGCAGAACAGUGAGUUGUUCCAGAUCACCUUUAAAGUGCCAACUCUCCAAGCAUCUGCCGGUGACUAGAGGGAAAGCAACACUGUUGCAAUCAUGUCCGUCUGGUAGGUACUGUUAUAUUUUUACUGUUAUGGUCUGUGAUUGAAGGAGCCCUAGGUGGCUAGACCUAGCUGCAACACACAUGUUGUUGUUGGCUAAUGGAUUAUUAUUUUGUUUAAUUGGCAGCAUAUUUCAUUCGCCAUAGAGUAACUGAGGCGUCCCUCUCCAGUGUGGCUCCUGCUUUUGUUGUGGUAAGUGGGAAGUUUUGGUUGUGUCAAUCAUAUCCAAUUUGAAAUUGUUAUUCUCUCCAAAAUGUUUUGUCUGUCGGCAGUAUAUGGGAUAUGAUCACUUUUGUUCAAAUGUUUAUCAACAUUGACAAUGCCAACAUUCUACAAAAAGGUUGCUUCUGCAAAAUGCAAGAAAAGUAAACCAAUGUGUCAUUUCAAUUGUGACUGUCUAUAUUGUUCACCUGAGGGAGCGUGUGGAAUGUACCUAGAAGCUAUACAGCAAGAUACUGGCUGUAGCUACAACUGUGCUUUUUUGUCAUAGAUGAAAUUUGACAAAGAUGGGAAUGUAACCUCGUUUGGUAAGUAAUGGAACAUCUAUUGGCCUCAUUAGUUUGCCCAUUAUUUGUUUUUCUUUAGUUUUCUGUUCUCACAAGCACUACAUCAAAUGCAAUUGUUUAUUGUACUUUGUUACUGACAAGUUAUUUGUCCUUCCUAUACGUUUUGAGUCUGACCUCUGACCCCUGAUCUGAUUCCUAUCUCAGAGAAGAAAAAGCUGGAGCUGUAUCAAGAGCUGAGUCUGCAGGCCAGAGACCUCAGGUUCCAACACCUCACCAGCAUCAACGCUAGGAACAACAACAUCAUCAUUCGCAUGGAGGUAGCUACGUACUGUUUUUGUUUCGUGUUACAUCGUUAUGCUGAAGGUACUGUUAGCCAAACUGUUGCGUUUGUCACCUUUCGUGACAGCUAGCCUCAAAUUAUCCUCUAACUUUUAGAGAAUGAAAAAAUUAAGUAAAAAAUUGCACACUAGAAAAGACAGGUGACCGACCUUAACUUGUUUUUGCACCUGAACCGAGUCUAUCUGUUCUUGUGUCUUCAGGCCUUGAAGGCAGUAGUGACCCCCAAUAGCCUGUUGGUGUUGGAUUUCCGAGGUCUGGCAUUGGAGAGAUGGCUGGUCCUGGAGUUGGCUCCACAGUUGAACGGGGAUCAUGGAGCUAUGGCCACUCAUUCACUGCCAUUUGAGUUCAGAGCCCUUGAAGCUAUUCUGCAGCAUAGGGUAAGACACACGCUACUCAAUCACUCAUUUACUAUUCAUUUAUCACAACAAUUGUUCACACUUUAUUUGGAUUGUUCCAUGUAGAUGAUCUACACAUGGUUAUACUAUCAACAAACUAUCUGUUGAUAAGCAACUGCUUGCUAGGGUCAGGGUAAGGGUUGAGUUUAGCGUUCGGAUCAAUCACAUUUAUUUAUAAAGCCCUUUUUACAUCAGCAGAUGCCACAAAGUACAUGUACAGAGACCUAGCCUAAAACCCCAAACAGCAAGCAAUGCAGAUGUAGAGGCACGGUGGCUAGGAAAAACUCCCUAGAAAGGCAGGAACCUAGGAAGAAACCUAGAGAGGAACCAGGCUCUGAGGGGUGUCCAGUCCUCUUCUGGCUGUGACGGGUGGAGAUUAUAAGAGUACAUGGCCAUUAAGGCCAGAUUGUUCUUCAAGAUGUUCAAACGUUCAUAGAUUAACAGCAGAGUCAAAUAAUGAUCAGUGGUUGUACAGGGUGCAACAGGUCAGUACCUCAGGAUAAGGGUUAGUGGAUAGACGGAGGACUUCCUGUCCAGCUUGCUUGAGGGAGAAAACAACAUGGCCACCUCCUGUCUCUCCCACUCUCCACUGGGCAACGAUAGCGACAUCUCUGACGACAGCAGCACUGGCGGCAUGGUCGGCCAGAACUUCCUGGCCUGCCCCAGCUCCCAGGGGAGUGACAGUGACCCUGCGCCCAGCCCAGGGUACUCCAACAAUCCCUUGAUUGCUCCAGGCUGAGAACACUGAGGCCCUGAACGUGCAGACAGACCACAGCUACUCUCUGUUCCAGGGAGAGGACAUGGAUGCUCUCCAGAGCAUGAGGGCACAGAAGCCUGACAUGGAUGUCUUUAUUGAUCUGGAUGACCUGGACAGUGAGGGGAUGGAAAUGGAACAGGAUUAUUCCAGUGAAGAACUACCCUGCACUCUCUCCAUAGAGGACUCUACACAGGACAACAAAGCGGAUCUGUUCCAGUUCAAGGAGAUCGUCCUGACUGAUGAGGAAAAGAGACUUCUUGCUAAAGAAGGAGCAACCAUACCGUCUUGCAUGCCUCUUACUAAGACUGAGGAGAGGACACUGAAGAGGGUGAGGAGGAAGAUCCGAAACAAGCAGUCAGCCCAGGAGAGUAGGAAGAAGAAUAAGGUGUACGUGGACGGCCUGGAGAACAGGGUUUCCAUCUGCACUGCUCACAACCAGGAUCUGCAGAAGAAGGUCCAACUGCUGCAGAAACAAAACAUGUCUCUGAUAGAGCAGCUGAGGAAACUACAGUCCAUGAUGAAGAUGUCUACCAUGAAGACAACCACCACCAGCACCUGUGUCAUGGUGUUCCUGCCGUCUUUCUGCCUGAUCAUCUUCCCCUCUGUCAACCCAUUUGGCCGCAGCCCUGGACAGAAGGAGAUAUACACCCCCUCCUCUGUUGUCUCCAGGACCCUGCGCUCUGUUGCUGUUGAUGACACCCCAGACCCUCUACCCCUGGCUUACUCUGAGCCUGGGGAGGAAGUGGAUGACGCUGAGCCUCCCCCUCUCAGUUUCCUCCUAGUGGCCAAGGUAGAGAACACCAUGGCCGUGUUCACUGGCGGCCAGAACCACACACCAGACUACCAGAAGGUGGAGCAGUCUGAUUCUGAGAGUGAGUUCAACAGCAACUCGUCUGCAGACUUCCCCAAUCCUGGACAGGCCAAGCUGAAGCCAGGGGGCCGAACCCGGGGCUGGGGGCCUGCAGGAGGGAUCCAGUGGGAACGCCUGUGGCCUAUGAGGUUCCAGGGACCAAGGAGAACUGGAUCGACAGGAAGCCAACAUCCAUCAUUAUACAGCAACACCGCUCGGACGAGAUGUAAACAGAAGAGCCGGUGGUGAAUGAACUAACUAAUGGAGGGAGAGGGUUAAUCAAAGGUUUCAGUCAUUAUUGAUAGUGUUCAUUGAAACUUGGUGGAUGAAGAGAAAAGGGUAUUGGGACGUUUUGUUAUUCCAGUAUCCUCUGUCUCUACCUGUUCCUUCUCCUCGUGAUACUACUGUUCCUCUUGGAGCACUUUGUUCUAAUGCCUUGUUCAAGUGCUAGAAUGGACUACUGAGAUUUCCAUUGUUAUGCAUUAUCAUCGCCCUCUCAUCAAGGGGGGGAAAGCGCUAUGAAAGUGAGUAGUAAUGUGUUGACCUCAUGAUUGCUGAAGACUUUUUAAAACCUGAAUUCUCUAUUGAAAAACAAAACUGACAACAGUCAAUUCUGUCCACCUGUGUGGCGCAUCUCCAGUAGGUGUUGCUAUGUACCUUGCUAGCGAAUUACCAGUUCCUUUCAUAGUGUAUAGUUAACUUCUCUGGUAGUUUUCAGUCAGCAUCCAUAGUGAAAAUGUAUUCUCAUGAUGCUGGAUCAAAACUGUUGAUCUUUAUACAUUGCUUUAGCCAUUGCAGGACAUUUGGCCAUUGCAGAUUUUGUGUAAAGAACUAAAUAAUGUAUUUCCCUUGUAACAAGGGUAUUCGUGCUUUCUUUUGGUUUUGGGACAAAUUUAAAUAUGACAUAGUGCUCUGUAAUUAAUCCCCAUUUUCAGGAGACAGUGGCUGAACCAUUUUUCACUAGUUUAGACCUUUUUGGGAGCUGUUUCAGUCCUUUAUCCAGUGGUUCACACUCAAGACCUGUUUUUACCCCUGUAAACCUCUGGACACCUUUCAAGUCUGUCAUGUGGAGAGGUGAACCCAGUGGUGGUUGUGGUUGUCCCACUGGCUACCCUAAGUUGAAUGCACCAAUUUGUAAGUCGCUCUGGAUAAGAGCGUCUGCUAAAUGACUUAAAUGUAAAAUAGUUAGUUGAUAUGUUGUUGACAGUUAUUGAACAUCUACAAACCAUCUACUUGGGACUAUCCAAAAAAAGUGUUAACCGGCAAUUCUAAAUGGAUUGGGGUAUAUGAUGUAAUAUGUGAUGGCAUGUCCAACUGGUAUUUGUUUAUGCAUGUAUAUGUCUUUGUUUCUGUAAAGGUAAACAUCCUUCAGGCUCGGCUGAAUGAGGUUCACCCUGUCAUCCUGGACAUUCUAGAGUCUCUUGUGGAUCCUAAACUACUCUCUGCAGAUCGCAGCAAACUGCAUAUACUUCUUCAGAACCGCAAGAAGUGAGUGGAAAAGCACUGACAGUCACAUCAUGAUAACCAGCAUUCCCGUUUUUGCGUGUAACGUUUGAUUUAUCUUAUCAAGGCAGAUCCUAUGUUACGGGCGUUGGGCCAGUAACUGAAAGGUCGCUGGUUCGAAUCCCCGAGCCGACUAGGUGAAAAAUCCAUUGAGUUCCAUUGAGCAAGGCACUUAACCCUAAUUGCUCCUGUAAGUUGCUCUGGAUAAGAGCAUCUGCUAAAUGACUAAAAUGUAUUGUAGGUGUAGAAAAGAUUGACACCUAUGGUCAUAAUUGGGCCAGGGCUGUUGUAUGGAUCUAGACAUCCUGUACUAGAAGGCGUGGCUGGUUUGGCUCUGUGUAGUCAAUCUCAUGAACUUUCUCCAUCCCGAUUUGGGAGUCUUCCAACCAGGAUUUCUGGGAAUUUUGGGGAAAGUUACCAGAAUUGUUCAACCCUACCUGUGUUUUCUGCCCAGCCUGUCAGAGCUGGAGACAGACAUCAAGGUCUUCAAGGACAGUCUGUUGAAGAUCCUAGACGAAGAGGAGAUGAUCGAGGAGCUUUGUGUCACCAAGUGGACGGAUCCACGUGUGUUGUAGGUGAAAUGGCAACAUGCAUAUUUUGUAGACACAUGGUACUUAAUGAGAUUAUUUGUGUUCAUUGUACACGUUUUUCAUUAUGCCGGGAGUGAGCUGACAACGGGAGGGUUGCUGUCAGGGGCCAACCUUUAGCUAAACCCUCUGAACUGCUCAUUGGGCGCUGCACUGUGGCUGGCCUCUGGUCCAGCCUCUACAACCUAAUGUGUGUAUGUGAGGGGUUGGUACAGCAGAAGACACAUUUCUCUCUUGUAUGGAUUAAUAAAGUCUUCUUUUUUUUCUUAAGAGUUGUUGGAUGAAGUCUUUAUUGGUCUCUCUUGUUGUUGUGUGUGUCUCUGGAGGCAGUGAGGAGAGCAGUCUGGGCAUUGAUCAUGCUGAGGAGAUGGAGCUUCUCCUGGAGAACUACUUCAUGCAGGCUGAGGAGCUGGGCAACACGACCAGGGAGCUCAAGGGCCUGAUAGACGACUCUGAGAGUGUUAUCUUCAUCAACCUGGACAGGUAUUGAUGACUAAACCCGGUCUGCAUCCCAAAUCGCACCCUAUUCCCUAUAUAGUGCAGUACUUUUGACCAGGACCCAUAUGUCUCAAAAGUAGUCCAUUAUGUAGGGAAUAGGGCCGAGGACCCCUUUUGUGAUAGCAAAUUCAUCAGGGACCCCUCAUAAUCAGAAAACAACUAGAGUGAGAUAAAAAUAGCAUACAAGGAGUUUUACUUUGACUUCGGCAGCGCAUGGCCGGACGAACCACGUCUCAGGCCCUGGGAAGGAACAUUUUAAAGGCCCGUCUAUAGGCAUCGGAAAGAACAUUUAGCCGUUUUCAAGCUAAUUUCCUGUAAUUCUGCACAUUUUGUCACAGGGCAGAGAUAUUUUUUGUUGUUGCAGCUUUAACACUAAUGUCCUGCAAUUGUAUAUGUUUUUCCACGAGGCAGAGAGAAAACGUUGACGUUUUAAAGCUUAAAUUAGUGCAUUUGGGGAAAACAAGACGUAUUGAGCUCCAAAUGUAUAAUUGGUGGAGUACUGUGGACACCAAUAUCCUUGUGAGCCUCCCAGGCCCAUGUUGCUCAGGGUUAAGAACAAAAAUUGUAGAUUAAUAAUAUUACAUUUUCUUGUAUUACACACUAAACUUACAAUAUCGGUCAAAAGUUUUAGAACACCUACUCUUUAUUUUUACAAUUUUCUACAUUGUAGAAUAAUAGUGAAGACGUCAAAACUAUGAAAUAACACAUGGAAUCAUGUAGUAACCAAAAAAGUGUUAAACAAAUCAAAAUAUAUUUUAUAUUUGAGAUUCUUCAAAUAGCCACCCUUUGCUUUGAUGACAGCUUUGCACACUCUGGCAUUCUCUCAACCAGCUUCAUGAGGUAGUCACCUGGAAUUAACAGGUGUGCCUUCUUAAAAGUUAAUUUGUGGGAUUUCUUUCCUUCUUAAUGCGUUUGAGCCAAUCAGUUGUGUUGUGACAAGGUAGGGGGGUAUACAGAAGAUAGCCCUAUUUGGUAAAAGACCAAGUCCAUAUUAUGGCAAGAACAGCUCAAAUAAGCAAAGAGAAACGACAGUCCAUCAUUACUUUAAGACAUGAAGGUCAGUCAAAAUGUCAAUAACUUUUAACGUUUCUUCAGGUGCAGUCGCAAAAAAAAGCGCUAUGAUGAAACUGGCUCUCAUGAGGACCGCCACAGGAAUGGAAGACCCAGAGUUACCUCUGCUGUAGAGGAUAAAUUCAUUAGUUACCAGCCUCAGAAAUUGCAGCCCAAAUAAAUGCUUCACAGAGUUCAAGUAACAGACACAUCUCAACAUCAACUGUUCAGAGGGGACUGUGUGAAUCAGGCCUUCAUGGUCGAAUUGCUGCAAAGAAACCACUACUAAAGGACACCAAUAAUAAAAAAGAGACUUGCUUGGGCCAAGAAACAUGAGCAAUGGACAUUAGACCGGUGGAAAUGUGUCCUUUGGUCUGGAGUCCAAAUUGGCGAUUUUUGGUUCCAAUCGCCGUGUCUUUGUGAGACGUGGUGUGGGUGAACGGAUCAUCUCUGCAUGUGUAUUUCCCACUGUAAAGCAUGGAGGAGGAGGUGUUAUGGUGUGGGGGUGCUUUGCUGGUGACACUGUCUGUGAUUUAUUUAGAAUUCAAGGCACACUUAACCAGCAUGGCUACCACAGCAUUCUGUAGCGAUACACCAUCCCAUCUGGUUUGGGCUUAGUGGGACUAUGAUUUGUUUUUCAACAGGACAAUGACCCAACACACCUCCAGGCUGUCGAAGUGCUAUUUUACCAAGAAGGAGAGUGAUGGAGUGCUGCAUCAGAUGACCUGGCCUCCACAAUCCCCCGACCUCAACCAAAAUGAGAUGGUUUGGGAUGAGUCGGACCGCAGAGUGAAGGAAAAGCAGCCAACAAGUGCUCAGCAUACAGUGAGGGAAAAAAGUAUUUGAUCCCCUGCUGAUUUUGUACGUUUGCCCACUGACAAAGACAUGAUCAGUCUAUAAUUUUAAUGGUAGAUUUAUUUGAACAGUGAGAGACAGAAUAACAACAACAAAAAUCCAGAAAAACGCAUGUCAAAAAUGUUAUAAAUUGAUUUGCAUUUUAAUGAGGGAAAUAAGUAUUUGACCCCUCUGCAAAACAUGACUUAGUACUUGGUGGCAAAACCCUUGUUGGCAAUCACAGAGGUCAGACGUUUCUUGUAGUUGGCCACCAGGUUUGCACACAUCUCAGGAGGGAUUUUGUCCCACUCCUCUUUGCAGAUUUUCUCCAAGUCAUUAAGGUUUCGAGGCUGACGUUUGACAACUCGAACCUUCAGCUACCUCCACAGAUUUUCUAUGGGAUUAAGGUCUGGAGACUGGCUAGGCCACUCCAGGACCUUAAUGUGGUUCAUCUUGAGCCACUCCUUUGUUGACUUGGCCGUGUGUUUUGGGUCAUUGUCAUGCUGGAAUACCCAUCCACGACCCAUUUUCAAUGCCCUGGCUGAGGGAAGGAGGUUCUCACCCAAGAUUUGACGGUACAUGGCCCCGUCCAUCGUCCCUUUGAUGCGGUGAAGUUGUCCUGUCCCCUUAGCAGAAAAACACCCCCAAAGCAUAAUGUUUCCACCUCCAUGUUUGACGGUGGGGAUGGUGUUCUUGGGUUCAAAGGCAGCAUUCCUCCUCCUCCAAACACGGCGAGUUGAGUUGAUGCCAAAGAGCUCGAUUUUUGUCUCAUCUGACCACAACACUUCCACCCAGUUCUCCUCUGAAUCAUUCAGAUGUUCAUUGGCAAACUUCAGACGGGCCUGUAUAUGUGCCUUCUUGAGCAGGGGGACCUUGCGGGCGCUGCAGGAUUUCAGUCCUUCACGGCGUAGUGUGUUACCAAUUGUUUUCUUGGUGACUAUGGUCCCAGCUGCCUUGAGAUCAUUGACAAGAUCCUCCUGUGUAGUUAUGGGCUGAUUCCUCACCGUUCUCAUGAUCAUUGCAACUCCACGAGGUGAGAUCUUGCAUGGAGCCCCAGGCCGAGGGAGAUUGACAGAUCUUUUGUGUUUUUCCAUUUGCGAAUAAUCGCACCAACUGUUGUCACCUUCUCACCAAGCUGCUUGGCGAUGGUCUUGUAGCCCAUUCCAGCCUUGUGUAGGUCUACAAUCUUGUCCCUGACAUCCCUGGAGAGCUCUUUGGUCUUGGGCAUGGUGGAGAGUUUGGAAUCUGAUUGAUUGCUUCUGUGGACAGGUGUCUUUUAUACAGGUAACAAACUGAGAUUAGGAGCACUCCCUUUAAGAGUGUGUUCCUAAUCUCAGCUCGUUACCUGUAUAAAAGACACCUGGGAGCCAGAAAUCUUUCUGAUUGAGAGGGGGUCAAAUACUUAUUUCCCUCAUUAAAAUGCAAAUCAAUUUAUAACAUUUUUGACAUGUGUUUUUCUGGAUUUUUUUGUUGUUAUUCUGUCUCACUGUUCAAAUAAAUCUACCAUUAAAAUUAUAGACUGAUCAUUUCUUUGUCAGUGGGCAAACGUACAAAAUCAGCAGGGGAUCAAAUACUUUUUUCCUUCACUGUAUGUGGGAACUCCUUCAAGACAGUUGGAAAAGCGUUCCAGGUGAAGCUGGUUGAGAGAAUGCCAAGAGUGUGCAAAGCAGUCAUCAAGGCAAAGGGUGGCUAUUUGAAGAAUUUCAAAUAUAAUUAGAUUUGUUGAACACUUUUUUUUGGUUACAACAUGAUUCCAUAUGUGUUAUUUCAUAGUUUUGAUGUCUUCACUAUUAUUCUACAAUGUGGAAAAUAGUAAAAAUAAAGAAAAACCUUUGAAUGAGUAGGUGUUCUAAAACUUUUAACCGGUUGUGUAUUUCACGGAUUCCUUGGCCAAAAUGUGUUUAACCUGUUGUUGUAAGUAAUAUUUAUUACAUUUUUUAUGUGCGAACCCUUGGAAUAGAGUGGUAUUUGGGACGCAGAUUAUGUAUAGUGCAGGGAAUGGGCAACUUUGAUGGGGGUGGGGGCCACAAAAAAAUCUGAAUUCAUCAUGAGGGGUUGCAGUGACUCGCGGGUCUGCGUACCCACCUCCAUACCCACACAUGCAGUCAGAGCCGGGCCUAGUCUUUUGGGGGCCCUCCCUCCUUGCGAGCAAAACAUUUUAGCGGCCCCCCUCUUGACAGCAGAGGGGGAAAAAUAUGUUUUAGAGUUAAUUUCCUGCAAUUUUACACAUUUUGCCAUCCAGCAUAGAGAAAAUAUUGCAGUUUUACAGCAAAUUUCCUGCAAUUCUACAUACACACACAUGCAGUCAGAGCCGGCCCUACUCUUUUGGGGGCCCUAAGUGGAAUUUUGUGUAGAUAGCUGGCCGCUAGACUAACUUACCAAUCUAAAAAAUGUUAGCUGAUAUGGGCUAAUUGAGUGACUGUCAGUGACUGACAUAACAAGAGAAACUGCUGAUUGCACUACCAAAUAUCGAAUUUGCACCUUGUGUAUUCUAAUAUUGUAACUCUCAACAGUAAGUUGAGACUCCGACUGAGUCCCCCCCCAAAAUUGAGCCGCAGGCCUACAAAAGGGGGGCCGCCAGUUAAGCAUCUCUGAUAUAGUGUAAUCAUCAUGCUGCGCCCAUACAAAAUAUGCUGGCAGAAUGAUCUGUAUUGCUGAUUUAACUGGCUUUUGGUAGACUUAAUUUGUCCUGAUGUCAUUUGCUGUUCUUAGCUGCAUUUAAUGCUAUCAGGGGAACUAGCCUAUUUUUCCAACUGCUGAACAUGGUGUUUUCCUUUUCUCCUGUUAAUUGGCUUGAACAGCUCUGUUAGUCAGGCCUGGUUUGUCACCAUACAUUUCCCUCUGUCCCCAUGGGCCAUGGCACACCCAGUCACCGGAACGUGAUGAUGCGUCUGAACCUGCAGCUCACCAUGGGGACCUUCUCACUCUCCCUAUUUGGCCUGAUGGGCGUCGCCUUCGGGAUGAACUUGGAAUCCACGUUUGAGGAGGUCAAUGAUAUGCGUUGAUGAUAAAGCUUUAAUCUUUUAAAUUACACGAGACAAUUUAACAUUGAGUUUGUUAACCUGGCAGCAAUGUAAUAUUGCUGAAUGGCAGAUUAACCUGAGGUGAAGGAUGACUGGCUCAGUGUGUGGUCCAUAGAGAUAUAAAUCUCUGUUCUAUCUAGUGUUAUAUCUAUGGUGUCGUGUUUGUUCCCCCAGGACCCCAAGGUGUUCUGGCUGGUGACAGGCUUCAUGUUCCUGGGUAGUGGACUAAUCUGGAGGAGACUGCUCUCGUUCCUUGGUCGACACCUGGAGCCUACCGUCCCACCACAGGUAAUUGAAUUGUUCAUUUCAUGAUUUAUUUGGAUAGGAAUGAGUAUCUGAUGCAUACUAGUGUGUAACGUGUAUAGCUCACUAAUUGUCAAUACCAGUCCCUGGGUACUGCAUAUGUGGCUGACUUCUUGAUCAUGCUUAGCUCAGUGUUUUGUCUUGAGAUUGUUCUGAUGAUUUCCAUGACUUGUGUUGUUAUAAAAACCCUCUUUCUCCUCCCUAGAUCCCAACAGUUUGGAAGAGAAACCAAAUAAACUCAAAAGGAGCAGAGGUGAAGAGUGGACUAAGAUGA